UUCGUGCAUGAGGCCCGAAACAAAUAGAAAACAUAAAUUAAAUUGACGAAAUGAGCGCACGGCAUAAGGGAAAAUCUAAGCGUGGAUCUUAUCGUAACAUUAAGUCAAAUCACAACUGCGAACGCAACUUUGCCCAACAGGAAAAUGAACUGUCAAAGAGUAAUGCCACAGAUAGCGACAGUAAUGACUCCGAUUCGUCAGGAAGUGACAAUAAUGUAGAAGGUCUUGGACAGCCACCAGAUUUCGCAGUAGCCAUGUGGGACCUCAACCACUGUGAUCCUAAAAAAUGUUCGGGAAGGAAACUGGCACGCCUGGGUCUCAUAUCCAAUUUGCGUCUCGGUCAGAAGUUUCCUGGACUUGUCCUAUCACCAGUCGGUCAAUUAUGCGUUAGUCCACAGGAUCGUGAUAUUGUUACGGCUUCUGGAGUGGCGGUCAUCGACUGUUCUUGGGCAAAACUGGAUGAGACGCCGUUCAAUAGGAUGCGUAGUCCCCAUCCACGGUUGCUGCCAUUUCUGGUGGCCGCCAAUCCCAUCAACUAUGGAAAGCCUUGCAAACUUAGCUGUGUGGAGGCUAUAGCAGCUACACUGUACAUUUGUGGCUUUACUGAAGAGGCACGAUGGUUUAUGGGCAAAUUCUCCUGGGGUCAUGCGUUUCUGGAGCUAAACGAGAAGCUGCUCAAUGCAUAUGCAUCAUGUAAAAGCAGCGACGAAAUUCUUAAAGUGCAGAAUGAAUACAUUGAGGCGGAACAAAAGGAGCGAGAUAAACCCAGAGAUCUGAAGGAGUUUUAUCCAACCAGUAGUAGUGAGAGUGAGAGUGAAGAAGAGCAGAGUUAGAUUAAUUUUAUUUGUUUAUACAAAUUUGUUAUCAAUGUUUUGUUUACAAGCCAGUUGUGAAAAACAACUCUCGAAUUAAAGGCUAGAAAAA